AUGCCGAAUACUUCUCUAACAGAUAAAGCUGCCUCACCAAGCACACAGCUACCGACAGCUCCAGCCAAAACUGAAGACUUGGUUGCUGCUACCGGCGAUAAUGAGAAUAUUACAGUCCAAAAACCGGAGAUUAGUUCAUCGUCUUUUCAUGAUGCCUUGCUCAGCUCCAUGACGCCGUAUCUUACCUGCCAGCGAUGCAACAGCGUGGUAUUCAUCGAUUUGAAACGAGUAAGGCGGAAAGCGGAUCAACUAGCUGCUGCCAAUGCAGGCGAAGGAGAAGACACUACCUUGUUGUACGAGCAAGUCCCGAAAUGUCCAGGUUGCGGUAUCACUCGAUAUCUGCGAGCGGGAGUUGUAAGCUUCCAGGAGCAAAUCGAGGAAGAGAGAAAUGCCAUCAAGGAGUUCGAGCGGCGACGAGGUCCAGCUACUGCUCUGCUGCAACGAAUCGCCCGCGGGUUUCUCGGUCGGAUUGAAUUUCGUCGACGCCUAGUCGACCGUGAACGAUAUCUACGAAAGAUCAAACGGGCUGCAACAAGAAUUCAAUCACGGGUACGAGGGAUGCAAGCUCGCAGGCGAACUGUAAUCGAGCGGUGUCUACGGAUAAUUCGGUUCAUGGCUCCACAGAUUCUUAGUUACGCGCUAGCUACUCGGCCCAACGAGCCACCGGUGUUCUGGUACUCAAACACUGCAGAACUUAGUGUGUUUUAUUGGAACUACCGGGAAUAUGUACGCCGAUCAGGCGGGAAACCUACUUUGAUUAAGGUGGAGAACAACGUACUGGAGAUCACGAGGCGCGUCCUACGUCGUGAGUACACACUGGUCAGCCGCAUUCAAGCGCGAUGGCGCGGACUCGCAACACGUAUGGUCUUCCGCGACUUCAAACGACAGAAAGGAUGGUUAAAGGGCAUUAGGCAGUCUCCAGCUGUGAAAAUUCAGCGUCUAGUCCGUGGUGUUGCUAGUCGUCGUCGUUGCCAAGCGUUGCAAGUGACCACCAAAUAUUCAGCUCAACGUGAAGCGUAUCGCAAGGAAAGGGAAGCUCGCAAACAGCAGACAAAGGCGUUAGCCUUCCGCCAGCGUCUGAUGACCAAGUACAAGCACCAAUUUCAGAUCAACCGAACCACGCGGAUGAUCGUGCAGAAAGUCAAAAUGCCAUUGAUAAAGAAGCAUGGGGCUGAUUCCAGUGAAGAGGAGGACGAAAAUGACCAGGGCCCAGAGACAAAUCCACAUAUCCAGCACUCGCUCAAGAGUAGUGCCAUCUCGAACAAUGACAAGUUUUUAGGUGGAGUGUUGCCUCGAAACACGAACGCCGUUCGGUUCGCAGAGAUAAAGCGGAAACUUGAGAGCAAGAACGGUAAGUUGCGCGGACCAAAGCUUCAUAUCCUCAAGGCGCAGAUGUACGCACCCGCCACUCCCAGCAACUCGUCCACGAAGGUCCGUUGA